CACAUUUUCAAGUAAAACUCCACCACUCCCCUCCGUUGACCUUUCUCUUUACUUAUUUCUCACAACACAACGCAUCUCUCAUGCUUAUAUCACCAUCCACCUCCCCUCAAAUUAUACGUACUGUUUGGUUUUAUCUUUUUCACCAAUAUAUUUAUGAUAUGGCAACUCAUAAAACGAUUGAACCUAAAAGGAAGCAAUCCUUUGUACGCAGCUGGGUUCCAUCACUAAUUUUUCUUUCAACACUCUUCUUCAUAGGGAGUGCUCUGUUACUUACUGAUCAUAAAGAGAGGUUUUUUGGAUGCAGUCUUCAUCCAACAGAGGUGACAAAAUCCAAGAAUUGUGAGAAAGAGUGCAUUCCUGAUGGAACUGAGACACUACCAAGAGGUAUUGUCACAAGAACUUCUGAUCUGGAGAUGAGGCCACUUUGGGGCCCUCCUAAGAAGAAGAAGUCGAAGUCACCAAUGAACUUACUGGCUGUUGCAGUCGGGAUAAAGCAAAAGAAAAAUGUAAAUGAGAUUGUAAAGAAGUUCCAGCUCACUGAUUUUGCCAUCAUGCUUUUUCAUUAUGAUGGCAAUGUGGAUGGAUGGAGAGAUCUAGAAUGGAGUAGCGAUGCCAUACAUGUUGCCGCUGUAAACCAAACUAAGUGGUGGUUUGCCAAGCGGUUCUUACAUCCUGAUGUUGUGGCAGCAUACGACUAUAUUUUCCUGUGGGAUGAAGAUCUUGGUGUUGAACAUUUUCAUGUUGAAAGAUAUCUCUCAAUUAUUAAAGAAGAGGGACUGCAAAUAUCACAGCCUGCAAUUGAUGCUGACAAAUCCGAGGUCCAUUACACACUUACAGCAAGAAAAACAAAUUCUACAUUACACCGGAGGGCUGUUAAUUUACAUGGCCCAGGAUUUAAGUGUUUUGAAAACAAUGUGGACCCUCCGUGCACGGGGUUCGUGGAGAUGAUGGCUCCUGUGUUCUCGAGAGAAUCGUGGCGUUGUGCUUGGCACAUGAUUCAGAAUGACCUUGUUCAUGCAUGGGGCUUGGAUUUUUUGCUGGGGUACUGUGUACAGGGCAAUAGAACCGAAAAUAUUGGUGUUGUCGACUCUGAGUAUUUAAUCCACCCGGGUAUUCCUUCCCUUGGAGGUUCAGGAGAUGGAAAGACGAAUGCUGAAAUUGAUCGGCUAGCUUCCAUGACAACCACAGUGGAAGGAUUUGAUGGUAGAACUUCUGUGAGAAUAUCGUCGUAUAUCGAGUUAAACAAGUUCAAAAUUAGGUGGGGGAAUGCUGUGAGAGAAGAUGAGUGUUGGGUAGAUCCAUUCCAUCAACCCUCUUAAGCCAAAGCUGAUCAUCAUUAUUCAUUAAUAAAGAUAGUUUCACCACACACCAAAAUACUUGUACAAAAAAAACAUAACUUCGUUCUAUUCAAAUGAGAAUCUGAUUUGUGAA